AUGGCCGGGGAACGAGAAUCCAUCAAUCUCAACACCCUCGAGCCACAGCAGCUGGCGCAAGUCAAGAAGCAGCUCGACGAAGAACUCGAGCACCUGACCUCGUCCUACGCACAGCUCCACGGAGCCCAAAACAAAUUCAAAGACUGCCUACGAUGCGUCAAUGCCCGAUCUGUGGCAACCGACGCUUCGAACUCGGUUCUCGUCCCCUUGACCAACUCAUUGUAUGUCAAGGGCGAGCUGACCAAUACAAACUCUGUUUUGGUUGACGUUGGAACCGGAUUCUUGAUCGAGAAGAAGUUAAAGGCGGCGGAGCAAUUUUACGACGACAAAGUGCAAGAGCUUGGUAGCAAUUUGAAAGAUCUGGAAGCAAUUGUGCAGCGCAAACAGGCCAAUGUUAGAGCGGUAGAAGAAGUUUUGCGGGAAAAGAUUCUGGCUGCCCAAGGAGCCACCUCGUAA